AGUAGUGGCCGGACGCGUGCUCAAAACGGUUCUUUUCGUUGUACUUCUCGGGCGUCCGCGAAGACUUGAAGUACUUUCUCCAGGAACGAAUCCGCGCGCUACCAGUGAGCCCGUACAAUCUCCCCGGGGGGAAGAAGUGAUCGCGUGUUGUCAUGCAGGACGAGUCGGCGGAGUUCCACUUGGGGACGAUUCCACCGCCAGUGUUGCCACUGCCGACGCCACCACCGCCACCGGCAGUGCCUCCAGUGAUUUCUCAAGUACCAAAGCAUCCGCAGCAGGAACAGCACCUACAGCACCAGCAACAUCCGCAGCAUUCCCAGACGACACCGUUGAGGCUUCCGCAGCCGCAGCUGUCACCGUACGACCGGCACUCGCUGGCCAUUCCGAUCUCCGACUCGCUCAGGGUACGAACCGGCAAGACGUUUCUAUGGCUUCGUGGAUCAGAACCCGAAGCCGACUCGAUAGGAUGCGUGGAGGUGCUGGCCACGGUCUGCUCGACCAUUCUGAUGUUCCUGACGCUGCCCAUCUCGAUCUUCCUCUGCUUCAAGGUGGUCCAAGAGUACGAGCGUGCCGUCAUCUUCCGGCUAGGUCGAUUGAGAUCGGGUGGCGCCCGCGGUCCCGGCGUCUUCUUCGUGCUGCCCUGCAUCGACAACUACUGCAAGGUCGAUCUCCGUACGGUGUCCUUCGACGUGCCACCGCAGGAGGUGUUGACGCGUGAUUCCGUAACGGUUUCGGUGGAUGCCGUCGUGUACUAUCGCAUUCGGGAUCCGCUGAACGCGGUCGUGCAGGUCGCCAACUACAGCCACUCGACGCGGCUGCUGGCGGCGACGACGCUGCGAAAUGUGCUCGGAACGCGCAAUCUGUCCGAGCUGCUGACGGAACGGGAGGCCAUUUCGCACUCGAUGCAGGUCACGCUGGAUGAGGCCACCGAUCCGUGGGGAGUGCAGGUGGAACGCGUUGAAAUUAAGGACGUCUCCCUGCCCGACUCCCUCCAGCGUUCGAUGGCGGCCGAAGCGGAGGCGGCCCGCGAGGCCCGCGCCAAGGUGAUCGCGGCCGAGGGUGAGAUGAAGUCCUCCCGUGCCCUCAAGGAAGCCUCGGACAUUAUGUGCGAAAGUCCGGCGGCGCUGCAACUGCGCUACCUGCAAACCCUGAGCAGCAUCGCCGGCGAGAAGAACUCCACGAUCGUGUUCCCGCUGCCGAUCGAACUGAUCGGCCCGCUCAUGAACAUGACCUCGACGUUGUGCCCACCGAAGCCACCGGCGACGCCGGUCAGCGUCCAGAGCGAGUAGCCCUCGCCACCAAAGUCCGAGCUCGGUGCCGGUGGCAGCAGCAACAGCAGUUUCUCCUGGGAGGACAAAGUUGGUCCGCUGCAAGCGAGCCAACGGAAACUGUCUGCCAUGUGCGAGUUUGCGGAUAUUUGAGAAAAAAAAAUGAAGAAGAUGAUGAAAUCGAUGAAGAAAAGUUCAAUUAAACCAUAUUUCUAACACAAUAACUAGACGUGCCAAAUUUUGUUUGUUUUACGCAACACCAUCGAAGUUGAUGUUAAUUUUUCUUUUGUAAAUAAACGAUUUAUAUUACUGA